AUGAAUGUGAAUAUUCUAAUAAUUCUUUUGGAUAUUCUUUUUAUUCUAGAGCCUGUUACAGGCAAUGGGGAUGGCCAAAUGCCCAAAGAGAAACAAGUCAAUAGUACUUCCCAGCAGGGAGACGAGGAUCUAGUGAAGGACUUGCCUGGUCAGCCUAAGGUUGGUUUCAGACACUAUGCUGGCUAUGUAAACGUCAACCAACAAAAUGGAAGAUCGCUCUUCUACUGGUUCUAUGAGGCCUCAACCUUACCAGAAAAUAAACCUUUGGUUCUUUGGCUCAAUGGAGGGCCUGGAUGCUCUUCUGUGGGAUAUGGAGCAACACAAGAGAUAGGACCCUUUAUUGUGGACGCAGAUGGCCACACUCUUAAAUUUAACACUUAUGCAUGGAAUCAAGAAGCAAACAUGUUGUUCUUGGAAUCUCCUGUUGGUGUCGGUUUUUCAUAUUCAAACACCACUGCUGAUUAUAAAAAACUUGGAGAUGACUUCACAGCGAACGACACUUAUGUUUUUCUGCACAAUUGGUUUCUCAAAUUUCCAUCGUAUAGAAAACGAACCUUUUACAUGGCCGGGGAAAGCUAUGCUGGUAAAUAUAUUCCCGAGCUGGCUGAUUUAAUUCUCAACAAGAACACCAAUUCCUCUCUAUUCAUCGAUCUCAAGGGUAUCUUGCUUGGAAAUCCUGAAACGUCUGAGAUCGAGGACUGGAAGGGACAGAUCGAUUACGCGUGGAGCCACGCAGUGGUGUCGGAUGAGACCCACAAAACUAUACAAGACAAUUGCGUUUACAAAAGAAACGGCCCGGAGGGUAAUGAGCAAUGCAAAAAAGCUGUUGAUGAAGUUUUCAACCAAUACGAUAAAAUAGACAUCUACAGUCUCUACACACCAAAAUGCCCUUCGCUGGCCAGCACUUACGUGUUCAACAACAACUCUAAAAUGAUGCCUAGGAUCUUGGGCGGCUACGAUCCUUGUCUGGACAAUUACGCUACCAAAUAUUACAACAGAGCAGACGUCCAGAGGGCACUCCAUGUUAGCAGCGAUGGCAUCCAUGUAAAGAACUGGACCAUAUGCAACAUGGAAAUAUUCAACAAGUGGGGGGAUUCAAAGGAAUCUGUUCUCCCUAUAUACACAAGGCUUAUUAAGUCCGGGAUGAGAAUAUGGGUUUACAGCGGAGACGCAGACGGGAGGGUCCCUGUGUUAUCGACAAGAUAUAGCUUAAACACUUUAAAACUUCCAAUUGUCAAAUCAUGGAGCCCUUGGUAUCACCAGAAGCAGGUUGUUGGUUGGCUUCAAGAAUACAAAGGGCUGACUUUCGCGACUUUUAGAGGAGCUGGGCACGCAGUACCCCUCUUCAAACCGGCAGAGUCUCUAGCCUUCUUCUCAUCCUUCAUUCGGGGAGACUUGCCUCCUUUAAAGCAAUAGAUCAAUGAAGU